AGCAGAAAAUUCAAUUCACAUGCAGAUUGGAACAGAUCAGCAAGAAGGACGUCAUCAAAGUAUAUAUUGUCACUGACGGGGUCUAUACACAGAGCAGGUACCCCGUCAGUAGCAAUAUAUACCUUGAUGCUACUUUUGCGUUGACAGUCUAUGUGACAACGUCAAGGAACAAAAAGCGCCAUCAUUUUACCCCAAAUCUUUGAGAAAUAAUGUCAUACACUUGCUUCCAAGAUUACAAUAAUGUAUCAGAAGGGAAAGUGCUUUUGAACAUUGAAGAUUUAUUGUGAAUAUGGAAAGCCUUUUGUCACGAAUAUCUUCUCCAACAUAAAAUAUGUUAUAUCUAAUGUAAAAUGAACUUGUGAAAUAUCCUUUCUGUUGUCGAUUAAAACAUCAAUUAUGGUAAUUUUCCACAUAAUAAUUAAACAAGAGAACACAUUUGAUUCCAAUUUUUGAGCAUGGUAAAAUGCAUGUUAACACAAAUUUGGCGACAGAAAUAUUAUGCUCUUUACAAGGAUAUGGCCGGACGUCACACACAGGCACGGUUUAACUUCAUCCUCAGGAAAAAAUUGACGCCUCGUGAUAUCGCAGACAUGUUCAACGAUUUUGCUGAAGACUAUGAACAGGUGUAUUUCAACAUCGGUUGGAGACCUUAUGAAGUUGUCGGAGACUUCAUGGCUAAAAUCAUUCCAGAGGAAAAUAGAUCUAAACUGAAAGUCUUGGACGUUGGAGCUGGCACAGGUCUUCUCGGAAAUAAGCUAAAGAAUCAUGGAUUCACACACGUCGAUGGUUUGGAUCCAGCAAAGAAUAUGCUGAAUGUAGCCAAAAGGCGCAACAUCUACCAAAGAUACAUCUGUGCAUUCAUUAACAAAGACAGAAACAAUGCCAUAGAAACGGAUUACUAUGACUACAUUGUGGCAUCAGGUGCUUUUAAUGAAGGUCUGAUUCCCUGUGGCGCCUUCCAGGAAAUGAUUCGGAUCGUUAAACCAGGUGGUCGAAUCACUUUCACGGUUCCAACCAAAUACAUCAACAUCUCAGACAACUUACGGGAUCAGUUACUUCCCCUUAUAGACCAGCUGGCACAAGAGGGCGUGUGGGAGGUCACUUCCGUUGCACUGGAAGAUGGAGAACUUUCUUCCACAGACGGUCCGGGCACUUUGUUUAGUUUGAAGGUUUUUGUGUCCGAAAAGACGUUUUAAGAAUCUAGAAAAGUCAGUUCCUUAUUACGUACUAUCUUUUGUUAGCCUUUUCAUUUGUCAAGUAAAUAUAAGCGAUGCCCAUGUUUCAAAUAUGUAUGCAUCACUGAUGACACAUUUCCAAAAGUAGAAGUUAAAUUAAACAUGUAAAUCCCACUCUAUUCAUUCUAAACUUGUGGAUGUUGCGUCAAUGGCCAUUAUUUUGUUCGGGAAUCCAUGGACUCACAGACUAAACGAAAGUUCUUGAUUGGUGUAAUGGUUUUUGGUCGCACUGACCAGAAACGUUUUGUGGUGAUUAUUUCAGAUCGAUACCAACUUGUUUCCCUCUAAAAACUAAAGCUUAAAAACUGGAAAUGUGUUUCCCCAAACAAGAUACAAACAA